AUGAAGUUAGAAGAUUUUAAAGAUUUGGCGAUAGCUUCGAAUGCAAGAUUACAGGAGCUAUAUAAUAAAAAUCAGCUUUUAACACUUAACAUGGAUAAGCAUAUAGCAAAUUAUCUCAAGUAUGAAAACCCGGAGUUUAUUACAAUACUACGUCAAGUAAUUGAUAGUUAUAAGUGGGCAAAAUUAAAAAAAGGCCAAGGCAAGGAACUUUCAAUAGAGGAACACAUACUAAUAGGAAAUGUAACCGAAGUUACAACCAAUACAAAGAGUAAAGAAAAAGCAACAAAACCUCAAACUGUUUAUGCACACAGUAUAAACAUGGUAAUCAACUCUGCGGAUAAGCUUAAAAGGAAAAGAGCUGCAGAAGAUAAUAUAGAAAAGUCUGAAGCAAGAAAGAGAGAAGAAAGUAUCACAAUCAGAUUAGCAGAAAUGAGCCUAAAUGAAAGCGAGAUAGAAAUCCUAGAAGAGGAUAAAUCAGCAAAUGCAUAA